AUGGCCGAAUCUCACACUCAAAAUCACGGACUCGAGUUCUCCAUGGUCAUGGAAGAACCCGACCGAAAGCUGGACUGGGAAAAGGACACUCGUCACGUCAAUCUCGCCCCUUGGGGUUGUUACCACUAUCCGCUCGUGUACAAACGCUGGCCGAAACACCCCAAACCGUUCAAGCGGACUAUAUAUCAAAGCGAGCCUUGGUACGGUAAUCCCUUAGACUACGCUUUUGUAGACGAGGAACGCUACGCUGAGGGCGACGACAGACCAUACUGGAAUUCCUCUGACGCUCGGUCCGAAUUGGAAGGAGAGUUCAAGUGGCCUGAUCCAGCUGGCGCCGAGAAGACUGACGAAGACGGAUGGAUGGGAGAACGAGAUCCCCCUCGACAUGACCAGACGGAUAAAUAUAUCAGUACUGGUCUUGGACAACGUUUCAUGACGUCUUUCUUGAAGCUACAAGGUAGCCACGGACCAGAGACCGAGAGUAUCCUCUCACAUCUAGCUGGCGAGUUUGUCGAGAGGACGAAACCCAUACUUGCUGCCGGUGUCAUAGCUCAACAGACCUGGACCAACAAACAUCAAACCACCGCUUCCACCAUCAGUCUGGCUGAAACCUUCGUCGACUAUGCCGGACAUGUCGGUCGAGCGCUAUUUGGACCCGAUUUCGUCAACCCCAUGCUCUCCACAUCGACAAGCGGAUCACCUUUGCAAAUGCAAAUGAAUCCAGCCCUUGCUUUCCCGACCGGACAUGGUGUCAUCCACCAACACUCACGGCCCACGUAUACCCCACAGAUCGUCGUACUGCAUGAGAACAAGGAUUCCGACUUUGACCAGCACCGGGCAAUAGAUAAGUUUCAAAAGAAGCCAUCUUGGGAUCAAGUCGGAUUCGUCGUCGACGUGAUGGACCAUCCCAGAAAAGACAUGAAGACUCAUUCAGGGUUGAAGUUUGAAAGUGCCGGGGUUUCUAUCUUCAGAUCAUUGACCUGCCUCACUCAGAACAAUUUAGCCAGCGGCCGGACGUUCGGCCUAUCCUUGUGCGCGACCAGUAUCCGGCUCUGGUGGUGUGACGCAGAGCAAUUCGGAACAUCUCGUCGAUACGACUUUGACGAUCCCUCCGAUGCCCGGUCCAUCGUCGACCUGAUCGCGUUCGCCUUGAUACGCGGUGGCAAACUGUCCCAACGGUGGACCCCUCCAGAACAAUUGGUCACGAAGAGAUCAGAAGACGUCUUGUCCACCUGGAAUGUGAGAGAUUGGACGCUCAUCGAAGCCAGGUCGAAUGUCUUUGGGUCUCGUACUACCGUCUGGUCCGGCAUGGCAACACCCGCCAACGCAAAGUCUUCAAGCAAUGCUGUCGAACCACAACCCGUCAUUCUCAAAUCACAGUGGCUCGUUCCCGAACUGGCGCGACACGAACACGACGUGCUAUGCAGGCUGCAUGACGAAAACGUAGCUAGCACAAGUUCGACUCUGCUCGACGACGAUACAGCCAAGGAAAUUCAAUCGCGCCUAGUUCGGUCAUUAGGGAGCGUGCACGAUAGUACUUUGGAAUCCUGGAUCACGAUUGGCGCGUCUGACGGGAUUCGGUUGCAAUUUACCGCUCUCCUCAUGUCCAGUUCGAACCCGCUCCCUCGGGCUCUGUUUCAAUCCAACGAGACCACAUUCGGCAUGCGAGGCUGGAUUCAGAUCAUGAGGGAUAUCGUCCAAUCUUUCUGGUUCGCCGCCAGUCGAGGUGUACAUCAUCGCGAUAUGAACGGUGGCAACGUCCUAUACAGCGCGCAGCCCGAUGGAUCAAUCGCCGGUCAUCUCGUCGACUUUGGCAACGCCCGGAUCCUGGACCGACCUCGUCUGCCUGCGAAAUACACGAGAGCCAAAAGAUACCCGGAGAUACACCUCCUCGCGGACGAUAGCCGAUGUGCCAACCCGAAGUUCAUGAGCCUGGCAGCCAUGGAGUCCGAUCGUGCAUUCGAGUCUUACAUCACCAGCUUGGAGAACGUAGAAUUCCUCCUUAAGAGAACUGAAAAGGCAGAAUCGACUGGGCCCUCAGACUCCCCACUUUUCUGGCGGGAAUAUCUAGAGGAAGCGAAGGCAGAGGUACCUUUAGAGUUGGACAAGGCGAGGAAGCUGUUACAUAGAUACAUCGAUGAUCUCGAAGCUCUUGCACAUCUGAUCGAGCACUCUCUUGAUCACGUUAUAAACCGGAAGCUGAACUUCUCUUGGCAUGAAAAGCGGCGUAAAGAACGAUUUGAGCUGAACGCGAAGCGUCGUGUUCGGGAAGCUAUAAAAAGUUCUAAAGCCGUAUGGAUAAUAUUCUUCGACUCAGAUUUGCUUCGAGGGCUGUUGUGGAAAACAUACCAGAUCGUAGGACGGGCUCGGCAGCAGCUCGACGCAUCUGCCCCGUCUGCGUCUGGCGAGAUGGAUCCCAUCGAGGAUCAAUGCUUCCACGACCUCGUCAGCGCGCUCGACGAAGCUCUGCCUCGAGCGCCGAUAGAGGGUUUCGUAGAAGAGGCUGCAAAGCCAGAGACCAGCACUGUAGAUGCAACUCCCGACCAUGUUGUCGAAGCCGGACCCGCCGGUGUGACGCCGACCGCUGUGCCAGCGCCAGCGGAUCCGUGA